CCGAAUUAACCUUCACAAAUACACUCACCUGUUUGCAUAAAUGCCUCACACUCCCCUCUCCAAACUCCCUUAAAAUUAGUAACAUAAAUGCAUAUGUAGACCCACACAUUCGACAUACAACAAAGAGAUACAACAAAGAGAGAAUAAGAGAAUAGAGAUCGAUGGAAUCAGAAGGUCGGCGGUGGUCGGAGAUGGCGGCCGAUUGCCUAUCUCUCAUUUUCCGGCGGCUCAGCCUCGAGGACUUGGCGGUCGGCGUGCCCUUCGUGUGCAAGUCGUGGCACCGAGCAUCCCUCGACCCCCUCUGCUGGACCCUGCUCGACUUCCACGACAUCGACUUCAUGCCGUGGAGCCGCUUCUCCCGCGAAUUCUCCGACCGCUACGCCGUCCCGCGCUUCUCCUUCUCCGGAUUCCUCAGGCUCUGCGUCGCCCGCAGCCGCGGCUCCGCCGUCGAGCUCGCCUUCCCUCUCCUCUUCGGUGCGUCCUUACGCGACCUGCACGUCGCGAAAGAGUGCACGAAACUUAGGAAAGUGAUCCUACCAAACCUGGCGUCGGAAGACGAGCCGCACCUCCCGGAGAUCGUCGCGAAAUGGGGAGAGCUCGAAUGGCUCGAAAUGGAAUCCAAACCCUCGUCUUUCUUAGAAACCGCCGCCCAGAUCGGCCGCAGUUCCAACUCCGUCGUCGGGCUCAAAAUGCACGGCGCGAUCAAGAAAGAGGACGCCGCCGCGAUCGUCGACCGCCUCCCCGACCUCAAAUUCUUGUGCCUCAGCAGAUCAUACUUGCCCAGGGAAGAGCUCUCGGCGAUAGUGCACGGGUGCAAGAACCUGGAGAGGUUGUGUGCGAGGGAUUGCGUGGGGUUUGAGGCCGAUGAGGAGGUGGUGAAGUGGUGUUCGGGGAUAAAGAGUUUUGAGCACGAGGGGUCCAAGGUGUUUGAUGAGUUUGGGUAUGACACGGAUGAGUGUGAUCCUUUGUAUGUACAUGUUAUUUGAUCAUUGUAGUGUGUUUCUUUAUUUGUUUAA